AAUCUCUCACAAGAGAGUGAGACAAGAUAGGGAUAGAGGAGUUUCUAGGGAUUAUGAGAACCAGGAGGGGGCUUUGUUAUCCUCGAGUGGCUCCUCUGAGGAUGCGUUCCGAUGAGGAACAACAAUCGGUUUUUGUUAGCAGAAAAAGAUUGAAGAAGUCACCAGAAAACGUGGUGGCUGGUGGAGGAGGAUGCGAUUUUUUUGAGUCUCUGCCCGAUGACCUUGUGCUUUCCAUCCUCUCCAAACUCAGCUCUACGGCGACGUGCCCCUCCGAUUUCGUCAGUGUUUUGGUCACGUGUAAGAGAUUCCAUGGUUUAAGCCUCCAAUCUCAGGUUUUAUCCAGAGUUUCGCCGAAAGGAUUGGCUGUUAAAGCCAAAAGCUGGUCCGACUCGGCUCACCGGUUUCUGAAACAGUGUGCCGAUGCCGGAAAUGUUGAGGCCUGUUAUAUCCUGGGCAUGAUUCGAUUCUACUGUUUAGAGAACAGAGGAAGUGGAGCGUCGCUGAUGGCCAAGGCGGCGAUUAACUCCCACGCUCAGGCUCUGUAUUCCCUGGCCGUUGUCCAGUUCAACGGCAGCGGCGGGACGAAGAAUGAUAAAGACCUCAGAGCCGGUGUGGCUCUCUGUGCACGCGCCGCCUUCCUGGGCCAUAUCGACGCUCUGCGUGAACUCGGCCACUGCCUGCAAGACGGAUAUGGGGUUCGGCAAAACAUCGCCGAGGGACGGCGAUUUCUCGUGCAAGCUAAUGCGAGAGAGCUCGCCGCCGUUUUGUCAUCUCCGGCGGCGGCUAACUCUGGCAUCCCUAUGCUCACCUGGAACCGCCACCCUGUCCCGCACCCGCAUCCUCAUCCGUUUCUCCGGCAACUAACCGGGUCAGGCUGCCCGCUUCUCAGCGAUUUUGGAUGCAACGUGCCCGCGCCGGAGUCCCACCCCGCCAACCGGUUCAUGACAGAGUGGUUCAGAGAGCGGGGCGGGUCGCCGGGUUCGGGCCUUCGGUUAUGCUCACACGUGGGUUGUGGCCGGCCAGAAACGAGGAAGCAUGAAUUUCGUAGGUGUUCGGUGUGUGGGACGGUGAAUUACUGCUCUCGCGCUUGUCAGGCGCUGGAUUGGAAGUUCCGGCACAAGGCUGAGUGCGUGCCAUUGGAAAGAUGGGCUGAUGAGGAUGGCGACGAUGCCGCCGGCGAACAGGUUGACGGCGGUCUAAACGGAGACGGCUUGAUGGCCGUCGAUAGUUAAAGAGAGGCUGUAGAAUAGUUUCGGCGACGACGGUAAUGGAAGUGAUGACGGCAUCGUUUUGCAGGAUUUGGAGCCAUUUUUUUUUAGGUGCGGAUUAUGGUAAUUAUAUGGUGAUUAAUCAUUUUUAUUAUGGUCGGUCCUCAAACGGCACCGUUUUUACUUCCUCACCUUUUCUUGUAUAGGUUAGAUGGUCCCUGAAAACAAAAAACAGCUCUUAUUGCUCAUGUUUUACCUUUUUUGUACAAUACAGCAACUGUCAGUCUUAAAUGUAGUUAAUUAAGAUUACAAAUUUUGUCAA